GGCUUGCAACAACUCAACUGCUGUCAUUUGUAGUGAAGCAAGCAGUCCAAGAUGAAACGCCCGAUGAACCUGGCGUUGGCGGCGGUGGUGGCGACGACAGCGUUGGCGAUGCUGGCGCAGGUGGCGACGGCAGCGCACGCGAGUGUGUCUUUGAUGAGCAACGGAUACGAAGGGACUGUCGUGGCAAUCUCCCCGUCCGUAGAUGAACUUUAUGCUAUUGAUGUCAUCGAUUCCAUUAAGAAGACGAUCGGCGAGGCUUCCGAGGUGAUGUUCAGGGCCACUCGCCAAAGGGCCUUCUUCAGGGACGUCAAGAUCCUCCUGCCGAACACCUGGACGAAGACGGCCUACGACCAGGUUGCUGUCACGGAGAACUUCCAGGACAGUGACAUCCGCGUAGACGUGAGCAAUGCUGUCUAUGGCAACCAGCCUUAUACAGAACAGCCAGGUGGUUGCGGGGAUCCUGGUCGUUACAUCCACCUAACACCAGACUACUUGACAGACGACACUGAGGCAGCCAGGUGGGGCCCGCGAGACAAGACCUUCGUGCACGAGUGGGCGAGACUGCGCUGGGGCGUCUUCGAUGAGCUCGGAUACCCGGAUGACCCCAAAUACCCGCUCUUCUACCUGGACUUCUCGAAUUUUCCCUUCGUGUCCAAGCCGAACUACUGCGCCAACGAGGAACUCACCGGCUCGAAGAUGGACAACACAACAGGCGAUUUGUGUACCGAACUAAACGGCUUACCAACUGCCACUUGCCGGUUCGAUCCUGAUGCUACCCAAGCGGCUAAUUCUUCCCUAAUGUCUUAUUACUAUCUGAGUUCGAUCGAGGAAUUCUGCGACAGCACCACCAGGACCCCUCACGUCGCGGACGCCCCCAACAGACACAAUGAUAAGUGUGGCCGAAGCUCCGUUUGGGAGGUCAUCGAGUCUCACGCAGAUUUCACCGGCGGAGCGAACCCUCCAGUGAGCAGCUCCACGCCCACGAGAUUCACUGUGGUACGUCAGGAGGAAGCUAAGUUUGCCCUCGUCCUGGACUACUCGGGUAGCAUGGGCACCUACCAGAGGAUACUGAAGUUACAGAUGGCUGCCCGUCGAUGGAUACUUCACGAGGUGUCCAUGGGAAGUUCUGUGGCUAUUAUCAAGUUCACGAGCACAGCCACGUUGGUUGCAGGACUCACCAUCAUCAACAAUGACGCAACACGCCAGUCCCUUGCACAGAUGAUUGACAGCACGGCGGGAGGAGGAACUUGCAUCGGCUGUGGACUUCAGAUGGCGAUUGGGAGCGUGCUGAACGGCCAGCGAAACGCGGUGAUUCUUCUCAUUACCGACGGACAAGAAAACCCGACGCCGCCGCGGAUGAGUGACGUCAUGAGUGACGUCAUUGCCUCGGGAGCGAGAGUGGUGACCAUCGCCUUCGGGGAGAGCGCGGACCCGAAUCUCGAACUGCUGGCCAAGAAUACGAACGGAAAGACGUUUACGGUAAAGGACACAGAUAACGGAAAUCAGCUGAAUGAUGCUUUCCUCGGCGCACUUACGUACCAGCCGGGAGAGGUCUUGGCGGAGACUCUCAUUAAGAUCUACGAGACUGACUACCAAGGCACCAACACGAUCUUCACAGAACAGUUCACAGUAGAUGCCACUCUGGGUCGUGACCUGACCUUCAAGCUGGAGACCAACACGCCCUCGCACGUCGUCAGCCGCCCUCACCUCCUGCGUCCGGACGGCACUAAGAUCGACAGUGCCACCUUCGACAGCACCUCAAACACGUACACCAUUACAGAGGCCAUGGCGGAUGCAGGACAGUGGUCAUAUAGCGUAGGACUCUCGGGUUCCAGCUCAAACUCCAUUAGCGUGAGCGUGUCAGCGAAGGCAAGAACUCCCAACGUACAACCUAUUCACACCUCUGCUUGGGCAAGUGCAGGCUCAGGAUCAGUUAAUGCAGUCACAAAUCCAGUCAUUAUAUAUGCAGAGGUGAAGCAAGGUAACAAUCCCGUCGUGGGUGCCCGUGUCAAAGCUUUGAUCAGCGAGACAAGUUCGAUCGCCGCCCCGCAGGAAAUUGAACUCUUCGACAAUGGCAACGGCGGAGAUUCUCAAGCGGGAGAUGGCAUUUACUCAGCUUAUCUCACCAAGUACUCGUCGGUCGGGAGGUACUCUGUCAAGGCCCAGGUGUGGAAUGCGGACGCCCCCGUCAACAAAGGCUUCACGACCGCCAGGAGGAAGCGGAGUCACCCGGCAGCUCGCCCCAACGGCCUUUCAGCUCAUCCCCUCGGUCAGAGAGAGUUCCUGCCCACCGCUUGUCCAGUCAAGAUAGGCCGCCCGGUCUAG